GCUUGAGUGAGCACGUAUAGCUGCGACGAAUGUACUGACUUGUAUUCUGCUACCCGUGGGGGGACUGCCGGGAAAAGCAACGAGUUUCGGGAGCACUCGAAGGAGGAGUUGCCAGUCCCACACAUCGUGGGUACCAGGGAGUUCUCGACUGGCUAACUGAAGCUUGGAUGGCCUCAUAGGAUUCGAUGGAUCGUGGGGAGCGGGAGCGCGAGAGACGGGAUGGCGAGCGGGAUCGGCGUGACCGAGAGCCGGCGAAUGAGGGCGGAGAACGAAGAUCGUAUCGACCUCCUACGUGUUUCUCGUGUCAGGAGGUUGGGCAUUAUGCUAAUCAGUGCCCCAAUCAAGGGAGACGAUACUCCAGCGCACGACCUUCGUCGUCGACUGACUCUAGGCACACGCGUUCACUUAGACGGCAUGAUUCUGGUAGAUGGGAUUCUGCCCCACAACGGGAUCAUUCUGAAGUCCGUAGUACUAUUGCCAAGCUAGGGAAGAGAGUGGCGGUGUUGGAGGAAUUCUACGUAGCCGAGCGAGAGAAAAAGGAGUGGAAACUGAAACGGAAGAUGGAGAAGGAGGAGGCGCGGCGACGCGCUGAGGAGGAAGCUGCACGCGCGGAAGAAGAACGCGCUAAGGCGGAAAAGAAGGCUCUGAGGCGUAAGCAAAAGAAGCUUGCGGAGGAUACGAAGCGUGCUGAAAUGCAAAAGGACCUGCAGGUUCAGCUAGCCAUCCAUGUCGGCGAUUUGGAGGAGCGAUUGGUGCAGCGCCUGAACCAGGUCGUUUCGGUUGUUCCUCCCUCCAACCAAGACAGAGGGAAGAAGAAGGUCACCUACGUGUCUGACGUGGAGGAGUACUCGUCUAGCACCGGAGACGGCAGUGACACUAGUGUUACACAGGAGCUGAGUGCACUCGCCGAGCGCUUGGUGAUUUCUGAGAAGCGAAAACGGGGACCGAAACCGGUCUUUGAGGAGUCGAGCCCUCCAAUGGACCAACCAGCCAAACGUACACCGAAGUGCGGGAUAUUGAAACCAGUAAAGAUAACUGGUCGCAGGACUCGAUCCAAGUCGAAGAAAGUUGGAGGGGGGUUGACACCUACGUCGACCAAACAGAAAGUUGCUACACCGCUUUCGAAGCGGCGAACGCCGACGCGCAAACGAACAUGGACACUGACACCGCAAUCUGAGGUGACGUUGGAACGUCUUCAGUACCGAGAGAACGUGCUGCGUGAAUUAAAGGACCUGGAGUCCUGGAUGCUACUGACCUGCAGCGAAUCUGUCGCGAGGAAAACAUCCAUUACGACAAGAAGAUCGAAGCGAUCUUUGAUAUCGUUGAUUCUCGGGCGGAGCGAGCGUUUUCGACGGAUGCAGGAUGUUCUCGGGAUUAAACAGAGAUUCGACGGUUUGGUGUUGACGGGAGUGGAUCGUAACCCGGGGGAAACUGUGGUCAUGUGUCCUCUGAUGUAUUACAAUGCAAUGAUGGAUACCUUUGUGCUUAAUCCGGGUUACCGGAUCGUCGAUUGCGCCGAGAGUGUUGUGCUUAGGGAAGUUAGGGAAGAUGUCAAGCGGGUGGGUUUGAAGGCCUUUUCGUGAUGGGAUCGUAAUGGUAGGGAUUUACUCUGUAUAGAACUCGUGGGUUUCAGAGUGUUGUUAACUGGACAGGGCUGUCCUUUCGGGGGCUCGAUCUCGAACGUUAACUGGACAGGGCUUUUGAUAAAUUUCAGGGGGCCUG